AUGAACGACGCGGAACCUGAUCACGUCGUGGAGGAUGAAGUGAAGGAGCGUCCGGUGAGGGUGAUAAAGGUUCAACGGUAUGAUGGAACUAAGACGUUUUUGAAUUCUGUGAUAGAGCUGGCACAGGUGGUGCUUGAUAAUAUGCCUCCAGACGCCUGCUACAAGGAUAUAGCCAUUGGGUUGAAAAAGAAGCUGGAAGAGGUUGAGAAGGGAACCUGGCAUGUCAUUGUAGGGACCCACUUUGGGGCAAAUGUGACAAAUGAUGCUGAGACGUUGGUGAAUGUCAAGAUCGAUGAGAUGCACUUCCUUGUGUUUCGUUCCGGGCCGCCGGAGCGUCCAGUGGUGCUGACUGAUGGGCAGUAG